UUCAUUAUUUACCCAAAAUUUAAAGGAAAUUGAAUGGCUAUUAACCAUUCCUUCCAAACGCAAGCCAAACACCCAAUUUAUUUAGGGUUUUGACUCAGCAGCCUUUAAUUUCUAAGGCUAUUUCAGCACCAGUACACCAUUAAAAUUGGUGAGGUGUAUAGAAACAGCCUUUAUUUCAAUUGAAAUCAACACUUCAAAGACCAUUUUUAUUUGUGAAUCCGCAUUUCUAUCCCCGAUUUCAACGGAGAAGCCAAGGGAUCUCAUCAAUGCAUUUAGCAAAGGCUCGGUUGUACAGUGGAGCGGAGAGACGUGCGAAGGAGGCCAUGUGAGGAGUCACUCGUGGGAGUCCUAACUCUCUGGCUUAUUCUGGCACGUUCCAGAAGCUUCCAGUGCUGCUGAGAUAUUUUCGGGUGUAUUGGGCCUGGGGUAAUGGGUUAUUUGGGCUAUUUUAUAAAAGAACUUGGUCUUUGAUUUAAUUUUGGGCUAUUUAUUUUCUCUUAUUUUUUUAUAUUUAUUAUUUUUAGUUUAUAAUGGGCCGGGCGAAUUGGGCCUAUUACAAAACUCUUAAAAAAAAAAAUAACGGCAACCUACAAGCUUUUCCUAAGCUUUUUAUGUAGGAGAGUGUAGUAGAAGUGACGCCCAAUCAGGGCGAAUCUAGGGGCGAUCAGGCCCCGGCCCUCUAAAGUAAAAUUAUUAUUUAAGUUUUUGAGAUUUUUUAAAAAUUUUAAAUUAGUAAAAGUAAAAUUAUAUUUUAAUCUUUCUAAGUUAUAAAAAUUUAAUUUAAUCCUUUAAAAAUUAUAAAAUUAAAAUUUUAUCUAACCCCCUACAAAAUUGUCUGGCUUUGUCCAUUCGCCCAAUUGUUCAGAUGGAGUACAAAGACUUGUUGAUCUCUGUGCGAAGUGUGAAGUCGAACAUGGGUUUUCCUUUUUCCUGUUUGAUUGGACCUACAACUAUAGGAAGAAAACAUAUCCAAAGACUUGAGACUUUUGGUGGUAAUAAAAUCGACACCAUUAUUGGCUAUACUUGACUUCUCAUCCGCGGAUUGAGUACACUUUUCUUUUCCUUUGUGAAUUUGGUGUGGAAAAAUCAGCCACGAACAAUUAGUUAUCUACUCCUUUUUCUUCUUUAAAUUUGAGUGAGAGAGACGUGGUUUUGGAGAGUGAAAAAUUGCAGAAACUGUUGAGACUGGUUAGCCUGUAUUAAAUUCUCCUGUCUCUCCCACUGAAACUUUGGGAUGGCAACACUAAAACUUCCAUUACUUUGCCUGUUAGCCCUUGCUUUAUCUUUCUUUCCUCAUGGUUCUACAGCUAGAAGCAUAAACACGCCUUGUGGAUUUACUCUGUGUGGAAACCUUAGCAUCCGUUACCCUUUUCGAUUAACAACCGAGCCUCAAAGCUGUGGUCUUAAGAGAUUUGAGCUGGUGCGCGACAAUAACCGUGCCAUUUUCCCUAUGGAUCGAGGGAACUUUUAUGUCCAACACAUCUAUUAUGAUAACCAAACUAUUCAUAUUGUUGAUGUGAAUGUGGACAAAGAUAACUGCUCUAUUCCUCUUAGUUCCCUUCCUUUCGGCUCCCCUACAAGUAGAAAAUUCCCUCAAAUAGGACCAACAUCUUAUACAUAUCUUGAUACUGAGUUUGCUUUCGAUAAAUUUACAUAUGAAGAGAUGUUUGUCAUGAACUGCAGUACGAAGAUGAACAAGUCAUGGAGUGGGGCUAACUACAUCAAUGCUUGUCGUUGCUCUUCUUGUCCCCCAACAAAUAAGAAUUACUUUUAUUUUUUGGAUGGAGCAACUGCAACUUCUGCUUUCCAUCCCUCUUGCACUGUUGAAGCCCUGGUUCCCAUCAGUCUUCAUAACAUAAAUGGCCUCUCUACUUUUGAUAUUUACAGAAGGCUUAGGAUGGGCACCCAAAUUACAUGGAAUCUUCAAUCUAAACUGCGUUGGGGCUCAGUUGUUAACGCACUACAAUCGUUGUUCUGGGUGUUAGUUGGUCUGCUUUUACUAUAUGCAGAAAGCAUGAUGGCUCUUGUCCUCCCACCUGCUACUUCUCCACCUAGUAAAGGAAUACAGAUUUUUUUUGUUACAAUAACAGGGAUUAUAUUAGUUCGGACACUUUUGGGGAUAUCUUGUUUGACUGUUCUUAUUAUACGUAAGUUAAGAAGAAGACAUUUGUCGGUGAAUGAUGCGAUUGAAAACUUUCUUCAACGUCAAAAGAAUUUUAUGCCGAUAAGAUAUUCAUAUGCUGAAAUAAAGAAAAUAACUGGAGGUUUCAAGAAUAAAUUAGGUCAAGGAGGUUUUGGCACUGUGUUUAAAGGUAAACUUCAAAGUGGCAAACUCGUCGCAAUAAAAUUGCUAAAGGAAUCGAAAGGUAAUGGCCAAGAUUUUAUCAAUGAAGUUGCAACUAUUGGAAGGAUUCAUCAUGUGAAUGUAGUGCAACUUAUUGGCUUUUGCGCGGAGAGGAAAAAACAAGCUCUUGUUUAUGAUUUCAUGACAAAUGGGUCUUUAGACAAAUUUAUAUUUUCAUCAGGAAGUAGCAGCUUGAGUUGGCAAAAGAUGUUUGAGAUAGUAGUUGGAGUGGGUCGAGGUAUUGAAUAUUUACAUAAUGGUUGUGCCAUGAAGAUUUUACAUUUUGAUAUCAAGCCACAUAACAUUAUUUUAGAUGAAAAUUUUAAUCCAAAAGUUUCAGAUUUUGGUCUCGCAAAAUUGUAUCCGGUGGAUGACAGUAUUAUUUCUCUUACAGCAGCACGUGGUACAUUUGGAUAUAUGGCUCCUGAAUUAUUUUAUAAAAGUAUUGGAGGUAUCUCGUAUAAAGCUGAUGUAUAUAGUUUUGGAAUGAUGCUAAUAGAAAUUGUGGGGAAGAGAAAAAAUUUAAACGCUUCUGCCGAACAUCCAAGUCAAGUUUAUUUUCCUACAUGGAUUUAUGAUAGACUUCAACAAGGGGAGAACAUAGAGCUUGAAGACAUGACAGAAAGUGAAAACAGCAUCAUGAGAAAAAUGAUAAUUGUUGCUUUUUGGUGCAUACAAACGAAGCCCAUACAUCGUCCUUCAAUGACCAAAGUAUUGAAGAUGCUUGAAAGUGAAGACGAGCUCCUUGAGAUACCUCCGAAGUCUUUGAUAUUUUCUGUGGACAUGUCAUGUAAUGAUAGUGAAUAAGAAUUAAAACAGACAUGAGACUGUGCAUAAUGCAAGUUGUGUAAUAUUUCAAAGGAGAAUUUGCUUUCGUUUGCUGCCUUGAAAUGGCUAUGAAGAUAAAUAGACAAGACUCUCCUAAUUAAUUUGUGAAA